CCUUGUCCGUAACUGCAUUCCAUUCCAUCCGAGAUUGGCACGCUACACAAACCAACCUCAAUUCUCACUUCUCUUCUCGAAACCUUCACAAAACUCUACACAUCAUCCAAAUGGCGAAACAGCCACAUACCCCAGCGUGAUCACCGUGGUCAAGCACCAAAUCUAACCUUAGCCACGACCGGCAGCUGACCGCAUUUCGCACUGACAUGAUGUCACCCCGAAACAAGGAUGGCCCGUGCCGUCCUCCGAAGUGACUGGCGACGCCACCGGUAUGAGGGUGGGUCUGUGCUUACGGGUCCACCACGCCGUCUCCGCAACCUCGUCCAUCUCACCGCGACGCCCGACGUGCGCGGCACAUGGGGUGGGGCCGAUGCUCGGCCCGCGUCGCCCGUCUCUCGAGCGAAUACUUGAACGCAGGCGCUAGCUUUGUCUCACCACCACCAUGCUCCUCCUCUCCCUCGCUCUUGUGGGCCUCGCCCACGCCCAGUCCGCCCCGCUGCAGGGCACAACGACAAACGGGCAGCUCACGCACCGCCAGACGUUCGACUACAUCGUCGUUGGUGGCGGUCUCGCUGGUCUGACAGUCGCGAACCGCCUCAGCGAGCUGAAUGCCACCGUCCUUGUAAUUGAGGCGGGAAAUGACGACCGCCAAGACGAGCGCGUGUACGAUAUUGGCAAGUACGGCGCUGCGUUUGGGUCGGACCUCGACUGGCACUGGCCUACGGCCGAUGGCAAGUCGAUCAUGGGCGGCAAAACUCUCGGCGGAUCGACGUCGAUCAACGGCGCCACGUGGACGCGCGCAGGCAAAGAGGCAUACGACGCCCUCCCGCGCUUCAUGGGCGGCAUGCAAGGCGAGGGGCGCUGGGCGUGGGCCAGCAUGUUCGAGUACAUGAAGAAGAGCGAGACGUUCCGGGCGCCCGAGACGUGGCAGGUCGAGCUGGGGGCAGGAUACGAUGCGGCGUUCCACGGCACGGAGGGGCCAGUGCAGGCGCGCUUCACCGCGGGCAUGUAUCGCGGCGGACACCAGGCCGCGUUCGCGCAGGUGCUCUCGGCGGCAGGCGUGCAGAACAUCAGCGACAGCGCGGGCGGUGUCGCCGCCGGCGUGGGGUGGCACGCGAGCUCGCUCGACGGCGACAACCGCCGCUCCUCGAGCGCCGCGGCGUACUGGACGCCCAUUGAGGGCCGGCCGAACAUUGCCGUGCUCGUCGGCCACGAGGCGACGAAGAUCGAGACCGAGGGCGGCACCCUCGUCCGCGCCAAGGGCGUGAGCUUCUCGGGUCCCAGCGGAAAUGGCACGGCUUACGCCGCGCAAGAGGUCGUCCUCGCCGCGGGCGCAAUCAUGUCCCCCCAUCUCCUACAGGUGUCUGGCAUCGGCGCCGCGGCGGACCUCGAGGCCGCAGGCAUUCCGUCCGUUCUCGACUUGCCCGGCGUUGGCCGCAAUCUGCAGGAGCAGACGAUGAACACGAUCGCGUGGCCCCGCACGGAGGAGUACGUUGUCAACGGCGCCGGACCCAGCAACAUGAUUGCGUACCCGAACGCGACGGCGCUCUUUGGCAAUUUCUCGGCCCAGUUCGAAGCGGGUAUCGUCGCCAAUCUCUCGACGUUCGCCGAGGCGGCUUUCAAGAACGGCGGCGCCGUCACCGCUGAAGGCGCGCUAAGCACGCUCCAGAUUCAAGCGGACGUGGUUAAGCGCGGCGCGGCUGUUGUCGAGCUCUUCCUCGACGGCGGCUGGCCCAACGGAGGCCUCGGGAUCAACAUGUGGACCCUCCUGCCCUUCUCUCGCGGCCGCGUAUCCACGCCCUCGAUGGGCGCGCGCUUCCCUACGAUCCAACCAAACUUCUUCUCCGCCUCCGCCGACAUGCUCAUGCAGGCGGCCGGUGUGCGCCUCGCCCGCCGCGCCUUCGCCACCGAACCGCUCCGCUCGCUCGUGCGUAACGAGACCAUGCCGGGCCCAGGCGUUGGCGAUGGCGACGAGGCGCUCAUCCCAUGGAUCCAGUACAACUUUGGCACAGUUAGCCAUCCGCUCGGCACAUGCGCCAUGAUGCGCCGAGAGUGGGGCGGUGUGGUUGACGCCAAUCUCACUGUGUAUGGGACAAGCAACCUGCGUGUAGUCGACGCUUCCGUGCUCCCUAUGCAGGUUAGCGCGCACCUCUCCGCCACGCUGUACGGUGUUGCCGAGAAUGCUGCCGACAUUAUGAAGACCGCGUUCUUCGCGCGCCGCGACGGCCGGUCCCUGACAGCGACGAGCAGUGCCAGCCGCAGCAUGCGAAUCCUCUUCUGGUGA